UCCACAGCGUGCCAGCUGCUUUUCCACUAACCUUAGAUGGUAGGUGGCAGCAUGCCUGUUUUUAGGGAUGCAGAAUCUGAGGUUCAGCAAGGUUGAGUCACUUGCACAAGGUGAAGGAGCUGACAGAGAACAGGAUUUGAACCCAGGGAUCCGUGGUCACCUCCCUUGUCCUGGUCUUCCUGGAUGGAACGAGAAGAUAAACGGGGCGUGUGUGAAGCCCAGGACUCAGAAGACAAGGGGAUGGACUCUGAUUUUGAGAACUCUGAAGACAGGGAAGGGGACCCAGAAGACAGAGGAAUGGGCUCUAACCCACAUGAUGCAGACAAGAGAGAAUGCCACCUGGAGCAGGAGAUGGGCUCCAACCCACAGGAUGAAGCUCUAGGAGGGGACUCAGAGGAGAGGGAACUAGUGUCCAACAUCUGCACAGAGGGGCUGCUGAGCGAGGAAGAAGGGGUUGCUCUCCGUGAGGAAGACGAUGACCAAGCUGGAGUAGCUGAGAUGGCGAUGUUCGCAGGGCUGUCUGAGUCCGUCGGCAUUUCCCGGAGCCCCCAGGAAGAGGGGGAAGAGGAGCAGCCGCCUCCUGCCGUGCUUCCCUGGAGGCGGCACCUCUCCCUGGGGAGUCGACACCGGGGUGACAAGCCCGCCCACCGCCGAUUCCGCCGGCUCCACCACCCCAUGGCCAUGGACCUCGGGGAGCUCGACAGCCUGAUGGCCAGCAUCAUGGACGCGCCCACCAUCUGCCCCGACUGCGGGGAGAGCUUCAGCCCGGGCGCCGCCUUUCUGCAGCACCAGCGCAUUCACCGCCUGGCGGAGGCCGCCGCGGCCGCCAGCCUGGAGCCCUUCGGCUUCGCUGGCGAGUGCGGCGGGGUGGUGGGGAUGAUGGGCGUGGGCGUGGCGGGGGGCUUCGGGGCGGGGCCCGCGCUGGCCCGGCCCCCGCGCGAGAAGCCCUUCCGCUGCGGGGAGUGCGGCAAGGGCUUCAGCCGCAACACCUACCUGACCAACCACCUGCGGCUGCACACGGGCGAGCGGCCCAACCUGUGCGCCGACUGCGGCAAGAGCUUCAGCUGGCGCGCCGACCUGCUCAAGCACCGGCGCCUGCACACGGGCGAGAAGCCCUACCCGUGCCCCGAGUGCGGCGAGGCCUUCAGCCUCAGCUCGCACCUGCUGAGCCACCGGCGGGCGCACGCGGCGGCCAGCGGCGCGGGGCCGGCGGCGCUGCGGCCCUUCGCCUGCGGGGAGUGCGGCAAGGGCUUCGUGCGCCGUUCGCACCUGGCCAACCACCAGCGCAUCCACACGGGCGAGAAGCCGCACGGCUGCGGCGAGUGCGGCAAGCGCUUCAGCUGGCGCUCGGACCUGGUGAAGCACCAGCGCGUGCAUACGGGCGAGAAGCCCUACAUGUGCUCCGAGUGCGGGGAAACCUUCAGCGUCAGCUCUCACCUCUUCACGCACAAGCGCACGCACUCGGGUGAGCGGCCGUACGUGUGUCGCGAAUGCGGCAAGGGCUUCGGGCGCAACUCGCACCUGGUGAACCACCUGCGCGUGCACACGGGCGAGAAGCCCUUCCGUUGCGGCCAGUGCGAGAAGCGUUUCAGCGACUUCUCCACGCUCACGCAGCACCAGCGCACGCACACGGGCGAGAAGCCCUACACGUGCAUCGAGUGCGGCAAGAGCUUCAUCCAGAGCUCGCACCUGAUCCGCCACCGCCGCAUCCACACGGGCAACAAGCCGCACAAGUGCGCCGGCUGUGGCAAGGGCUUCCGCUACAAGACGCACCUCGCGCAGCACCAGAAGCUGCACCUGUGCUAG